GUCAGAAAAGCCUUCUUAGUGCAAUUAUUAUUAUUAUUAUUUACUUAUUAGAAGCAACUUCAGCUAUGAAUCUCAUUUUGUAAAUUUGCACUUUACACACUUUAAUGGAAGAAAGGAGAAAAAACUCCUGAUCUGUUACUAUAAUGCAAAUCAGAACAAUAUGAUGGGUUGUUUUUGAAGGGACGAGUGAAGAAAAGUCCUUUAAUUAAGAAAACGUUUCAAAUGUGGCUAAAAAUCAAAGUUCUAUCAUUCUGUUCAUAAAAAGAAGCCAAGUUAGGAAAGAGUUCAUGUCAGAGGGAAUCGGUGACUCGUGCUUCUAAACAAAAUGGUCUUGUGCUCACAUAAUAAGCUAGAAAGUAUGAAAUGCUCACUUAUUAACAUCUCUCCAUCUCUUUAGUUUACAGCCAUGCUGAGAAGAAGCAGACGCUUACAGGAAAAUGGAUAUUAUGGCAGUGACGGCGAGCCAGUCAUCUGCUAUAAUGAGAGGACAAACAGGGUUUUCAAAAAACUCAAAGGUGGUUUUCAUGCCAGAUUUGAUACGUUUCCAGAUACGUAUCUCGAUGUCCCACUAGACGUACCUAGUGGGACACGGAGCUCUGAAACGAGUCCUGCAAACAGGCCAUGGAAGAUGUUGGCGUUCAUCCUGUUCUUGUGUCUUGGACUCUUUGUGACUCUGGCCUUCCGCACUGAGUUCUCCACCAACACUGUGACAAACGUCUCCAGUGGGAACUCUGAAGAUGUGUGGAAGCACCUCAAGGAGCUCCAAGUCAAGGAACUCCAAGAGGAAGUGAAGAAACUCCAAGAGGAACUGGAGGAACGCCAAGAGAAAUGCCAAGAGGAAGUGAAGAAACGCCAUGAGGAAGUGAAGAAACGCCAUGAGGAAGUGAAGAAACGCCAACAGGAAGUGAAGAAACGCCAUGAGGAAGUGAAGGAACUCCGAGAGGAAGUGAAAAAAUGCCGAGAGGAACGGGAGGAAUGCCAAGAGGAACUGGAGGAGAAAAUGGAGUUCCUUCAUCCAGUAUCAGACAUGAUGCCCAAUUUUGCCCUGGAGUCACUGGGAGCCAAAAUUAUAACUGAUAUGACUUCAGAGUCCUAUCCCCCAGAGGACAAAGGAUUUAGCUUGUUUGGGUUUCAAGUGUUAAGUCCCAAAUUCCCUCCACCUGUGAGCCCAAGGAUCCUUCUUCAGGGAUUGACACCUACGACGCCGGGGCGGUGCUGGGCCUUUAAAGGUACAAAGGGAAGGGUGUGUCUUGAGCUGCCCUACAGCAUGAUGGUCAGUCAUGUCACGAUAGGACACAUCCCGCAGAACAAAUCCCCGGAUGGGACGGCAUCAAGCGCUCCGAGGCUAUUUCAAGUCUUGGGGCAAAGAACUAUGUAUGAUCGAAAGAUCUACCUGGGUACCUUCAGGUACGAUAUCAGGGGACCGCCACUUCAGACGUUUGAGAUAAAGGGUCAUGACAAAAUGGUGGUGAAGUUCCUGACACUGUGGAUCCACAAGAACUGGGGCAACAGUUACUAUACAUCCGUUUACAGCUUUAGAGUUCAUGGAAAGGUGACCGACUCUAAGGCUCUGCAGAUGCUGCAUUAUUUAUAAAAAGAAAGAAAGAAAUGAUGUGAAGAUGAAUCAGAUUGAAAAAAUGCCUUCAUAGCAUUUUUUCAGAGGUGGAUAUUAGCUGGGUGGAGUCUGGUUAACCAACAGUCUCACAUCCAGCGAACAUCCAUCCUGCCACAUAACACUAGUUCAGUGUUUGCAGUCUGAUUCACCUCACCCCCAACCGGUCCAGGCAGAUAACCGCCCCUCCCCGAGCCUGGUUCUGCCGGAGGUUUCUUCCCGUUUCAAGGGAGUUGUUCCUCCCCACUGUCGCCAAACGCUUGCUCGCAGGGGAUCGUCAGAUUGUUGGGGUUUUUCUUUCCUUACU